CUGGAGCGAGCGAGCAAGACGGGGAGAGAGAGAGAGAGAGAGAGAGAGAGAGAGAGAGGGAGAGAGAGAGAGAGAGAGAGAGAGAGAGAGAGAGAGAGAGAGAGAGAGAGAGAGAGAGAGAGAGAGAGAGAGAGAGAGAGAGAGAGAGACGGGGAGCUGAGAGCAACGGAGAGACGAGUUUAGUCCUGAAACGCCGCCGGAGGAACACAAAGCCCACGAGUAUGAAAAUUUGACACUACAGCCGGUCAGGAUGGGGAACACAGACAGUCAGAUCGUCGCUCCCGUCAAGUCGUGCUCCCUCAAGUUCCCCUCCAGGACGGAGGAGGUGCCGUCCCCUCACAGCUGGUGGCGGCGCGCCGAGGGGAGCGUCGGCUACGAGAGCCGCGGGGGCUCGGGGAGGUGCUUCCUCCAGCCCCAGACCAGCCGGCCAUACGGCUCCUGGGACUACCAGUACCUCCCCGACGGGGGUGGCGGUGCCGACAGCCAGCUGAAACCUGCCUCUCCAAGGGGCCUUCUCACGCGCAACAGGUCACAGGUCAACUGCCAGCACGCACAUCGCUAUGGUUACCUGGAGGGCGGUGCAGAGUGUGACGGCGUCAUGGCGUGCGGCCGGCAGAUGCCCGAGCGGGCGCCCCUCUGCGGGACGCUGGAUAACCGCACCAGCCCCAAGGUGCUGCUGGGUAAGGACGGCACCAUGAGAGUGGAGUUCACCAACGCCAGGAUGGUCACCAUGGAGACGCAGGUGUUGUCCGGUCGCCCUGCGACGGCGGUCCCAGUACCGGAACCCUCCCUCCGGACCAGCAAGGGCAGCUCUCUGAGCUCGGAGGGCUCCUGGUACGACUCGCCGUGGGGGAACGCCACCGAGCUGCCCGACAGCGUCUUCGCCGGCGGGCCCGGCGCGGACAACAGCAGCGGUUACACCACCUACUCCUCCUCUGCUCGCACGGAGGAGACGGCCGGAGGCUACGCCAGCAGCGGGUACAACACGUUCUCCUCGGCCCAGAUGGAGGAGCUGUCGCCCGGCUUCCCCGCCGACCUCCUCUUUCCUCCCACGGACACCAACACCUGCUCCUCUGCUCUGACGGAGGACAGCGGCAUCGGAGACUCCGUCAUCUCGCACGCCGAACACGGGGACUUCUCCCUCGCCGCUCCUCCCGGCGGAGCCCUGACGGAGUCACGCUGCAGUCCCCCGCUGACCCCGCCAGCGCCUCCGGAUGCGGUUGGACCGGAGGAGGAGCAGCGUUUCUCCUCCCUAACGCUGCCGGGCCGCAGGGCGGAGCCUGUCAGCGGAAACAGCCGGAAGGACUUCCUGAAGAGUCGCAUCCAACGCCUCAGCGACUGGACAGGAAGUCUAAGCAGGAAGAAGAGGAGAGUUCAGGAGUCAUACAGCGGUGGAUGGGACUCUGGAUUCUGUAAUUCCAACACGCUGUGGUCCUCCAACCCUCUUCACCUCCAGAACCAGAACCCGGUCCAGGUACUGUCUGGGCUUUCUAACGGCCUGCAGACCACCGAUGCUCUGCGGCAGAACAUCUACGAGAACUUCAUGCAGGAUCUGGAGCCCGGCUGCAGUGGGGCGGAGCGAGCCGAGGCUUGGGAGGCCGAGGGGGAGGCCGAGGAGGCCGAGGCCGAGAGCAGUGGCGGCUCGCUGGGCUCCUCGGAGCAGCUGGACCUCCUGUUUGAGAAGGAGCAGGGUGCGGUGCGGCGUGCCGGCUGGCUCUCCUUCAAACCGCUCCUCAGUGCUCACAAGGACAGAAAGCUGGAGCCGGUGUCCCGCCGCAAGUGGAGACAAUACUGGAUCACCUUGAAAGGUUGCACCCUGCUGUUCUACGACACCUACGGGAAGAACGGCGGCGAUCAGGAGCUGUCGCCGUGUUACGCCCUGCUGGCCGAGGACAGCAUCGUCCAGGCCGUCCCCGAACACCCCAAGAAAGAAAACGUCUUCUGCCUCAGCAACUCCUACGGCGACGUCUUCCUCUUCCAGGCUGCCAACCAGACCGACUUGGAGAACUGGGUGACGGCGAUCCACUCGGCCUGCGCCUCCCUGCUGGCCCGGCGGCAGGGGAGGGAGGACACGGUGCGCCUCCUCCAGAGCGAGACGCGCUCGCUGCUGCAGAAGAUCGACAUGGACGGCAAGAUGAGGAAGAUGGCCGAGCUGCAGCUGUCCGUCAUCACCGACCCCAAGAACAGGAAGGCUGUGGAGGGCCAGAUCCAGCAGUGGGAGCAGAACCUGGAGAAGCUGAAUGUGGAUUUAUUCCGGGUGCGUUGUUACCUGUCCAGCCUGCAGGGCGGCGAGCUUCCCAACCCGAAGAGCCUCCUGGCGGUGGCCAGCCGGCCGUCCAAGGCCGCGCUGGGCCGCCUGGGCGUCUUCUCCGUCUCCUCCUUCCACGCCCAGGUGUGUGCACGUGACGAGGCGACCCUGCGGCGGCGGCGGCGGCGAUCUCUGUCCAGAGGAAGCAGGAACAAGAGAGGUCACCUGUUCUCUCUGAAGACUCUGGACAGCCAGACAAAACAUAGCAACAACAUACACUCAGCCACCCAGGUUUUUCAGGGUCAGAUGAUCGGAUCGCCCGUUCACCAGCCCGGCGUCAUCUCUGAGGGACUGGAUGCAUUUACCAAACUGCAGGUGUCGGUGUCCCCUGAUGGCCGGUCGCGGUACAGCAGCCCGGAUGCAGCGGUCGCCGUCAGGACGCCGGACGGCGGCGUCAUCCGGGUGGCGGUGAGAGAAGAUGACGUGGUGUCGGACCUGCUCGCCGCCGUGUGUCGAGAGAGACAUUUGGACCAGAACCAGUUUUGUGUGCGUGUGACGAGACGAGUGGGUCAAAAUACAGAAACCGGCACAGCAGCACCCGGCCACCUGCUGAGAGAACUGGUCUAUGAUGAACUGGAGUUGUCAGCUGUUAACGUGUUCACCAUCCAGUUGUGUCGCUCUGAUGAGGCUCUGGACUUUGGUUUCGCUGUGACGGGCCACGUGGACGGAGGUGGGAAAAGCCACGUGUUCAUCAGCGAGGUGGACCCGCUGGGACUGGCCUUCAGACAGGGACUGAGAGGUGGAGAUGAAGUCCUGGUCCUGAACGGAGCCGGUGUGUCCGGCCUGGAUCUAGCCCUGAUGGAAACCCUCUUCAGCCGCCCGACGCUCCUUCUGGUCCUGAGACGAGAGGAGCCAAGCCCCGAGGAGCCCGGCGCCAUUUGGCCCAACGCCAGCGGCCCCAGUCCCUCAGCGGCCCCCGGUCAACUCCCGGUUUGGACCCCAGAUCCGCUGCUGACCAGAGACGUUCCAGAGAGUCUCCUCCCCCCCGUGUCUGACCGGGCCACCACGCACACACACACAGAGUCCAGUAUAGACGACAGCGCCGCAGAGCAGAAUAUGGAGCGGGUGUACACACUGUACCAGACCUUCCCGGAGAGUUGCAGUGUGGAAGUGGACGUUCCCAAAAACCCAUACGUUGGCGAGGCCAGCGUGCCGCGGCCAAGCCCCAGAAACAUGUCUGUCUCCCAGCGGCUCUGCAAGGUCAUCCAGGAGCUGGUCGACACCGAGAAAUCCUACGUGAAGGACCUGAUCUCUCUGUUUGACAUCUACCUGACGCCUCUGCAGAGGGAGACCUUCCUCAGUAAAGAAGAGAUGGAGUCUUUGUUCGGGAGUUUGCCGGAGAUGUUGAACUUCCAGAGAGUUUUCCUUCACACGCUGGAGGAGCGCAUCGCCUCCUGCCCCAACCUCAGCUCGCUGGAAACCCCCCAGCAGUUCAAGAAACUGCUCUUCUCGUUGGGAGGCUCCUUCCUUUAUUACGCCGACCACUUCAAACUCUACAGCGGGUUUUGUGCCAACCACAUCAAGGUCCAGAAGGUUCUGGAGAGAGCUAAGACGGACCGAGCCUUUAAGGAGUUCCUGGAUGCCCGGAACCCCACCAAGCAGCACUCGUCCACGUUGGAGUCCUAUCUGAUCAAACCGAUCCAGCGGGUUCUGAAAUAUCCACUGCUGCUCCGCGAGCUGGUGUCUCUGACCGACCCCGAGAGCGAGGAGCAUGGACACCUGACAGACGCCUUGAGAGCGAUGGAGAAGGUUGCCAGUCACAUCAACGAGAUGCAGAAGAUCUACGAGGACUACGGCACCGUCUUCGACCAGCUGGCAGCGGAGCAGAGCGGCCCGGAUAAAGAGACGACGGAGAUCUCCAUGGGGGAGUUCCUGGUCCAUUCCUCGGUGGUGUGGCUCAACCCGCUACCUUCUCUGGGACGUCUGAGGAAAGACCCGGAGCUGACGCUGUUUGUUUUUAAGAGGGCGGUGAUCCUGGUUUACCGAGAGAACAGCAAACUGAAGAGGAGGAUGACCGGCGUGCGCUCCGCUGAUCUGGACCCGUUCAGGUUCCGCUGGCUGAUCCCGGUGUCGGCGGUGCAGGUCCGCCUGUCCGACAUCACAGGAACAGAGAACCCGUGUGUGUGGGAGUUGGUUCACAGCAAGUCCCAGGUGGAGGGGCGACCGGAGACCGUCUUCCAGCUGUGCAGCAGCGAUUUGGAGACGCAGGCCAACGUGGUCCGAGUCCUGCGCUCCAUCAUCCGAGAUGGCUCCAAACGGGCCCUCCCGCCGGACAGAGGAGCGGCCAGCUCCCUGAGGAGAACCAAGCCGUCUGACCGAGGAGGGACCUGGAGGAGCAGGCAGAGGGAGCGUCGGUUGGAGGUGCAGAGGACAGCGCCGCAGUGGGCCAGCGAGGGACGCCGCCACCGCUGCUUCCUCGGGGAUGCCUCCUCUGAGCCGCUGCUGUCUGGCGUGGAAGGAGCCGCUCUGGAGGAGACAUCCGGGCUCAACUCCCUGACCAACGAGCUGGAGGCCCAGCUGCAGAGGCUCCACUUCACAGAGGAGUCGCUGCAGGCAGGGAGGUCACGACUCCUGGAACAGGACCAGGAUCAGGAGUACAGCCAUGCCGCCGGUGAGCCUCCCCUAGGGCACAGGAAGCGCAUGGGGCCACAGGGAGGUGCGUUGGAGGAGGAGCAGAGUCUGGACCUCAACAGCUUCCUGGAGAGAGACUUCAGUGUUCAGAGUAUGACGUCCGCAAUCAGCGAGGACUGUUUCUUCGAGCCAGGACUCGCUUUGCAGUCGGCCGCCAUCCCCACAGUAUAGAACUGACAUACUGAAGAGCGUCGUAACAUCGCCGCGCCAGGUCACGUGGGGAAGAGCGCCCCCUCUGGUCCUACAGGGCCGCUGAACAUUAAGCGGAACCCGCCGCAAGAGGAUGCGGUCAUCUAGAAACCCUUCUUCAAACUACGAGUCCCAGGAAUCGGGAAAGGAGACCUCGCUCUUUCACGGACGUCUGGCUUUUUCAAAGGUCAAAGUUGAAAAGUUUAUUUUUGUUAUUUCAUUUUUGCCAAAGGUUUCAGACGUGGUGAAACUCUCUGGACCGGCGAAUGUCUGCGGACACAUCAAAUCCCAAAGUAUUCCCCAAGAAAAACACAUUUCAGGGUGAUUCCUGUUGGACAAAUUUCCCAACCUCGGUUUUCUACGAUCAGACAGCGGAGCGGGUGGAGUGAACAGAAAUGUGAUGUCUUCCUCAUUUUUUAUAUUAGGAUUGUUCUUCUACUCCUGUUCAUUUCGUACGGGGAAUCGACGACUUUCCUCAUCACAUCCCAAGAUAAACUUCCAGGACUUUCUUUCGAGCGGCAGUCGGCGUCAUUCUGCGUUUACCUCCGUUGUCGUUUUGUGCUGUAAAUAUUUUUUUACUUGCAGUGUUUUUCUGUUCAACAGAUUUUCUUCUCGACAAAAGCAGUUGGAUGCUUGAUGGAUAAAUGCCUUUUUCAUUUUAGGAUAAAGUAUUUUAUUUAUGUAUUUUCUCACGUUUUGUGUAUUUCGGUCAGUUUCUUCUUUCUCGUCCCAUCGAAGAGAUGGAGUGAGGACGUUGUUCGGAGCGCCCCGGUAACUCUGCUCAGUGAGGUUACGGAUCACUGAACAUAGUAUGACUGUUUCAUACCUGUCAUGACUUACUUAAUUUAUUUUAUUAAAUAUUUGUGUACAUCUCGUUGAUGACUUUGAUGAUGAGUCAAAAUAAACGUAAUAUUUAAUUUAA